CACACACAUGCAAGCGCGCGAAGAAAACAAUAACAAACGAACAAUCCAAACAAAAAAUCGAAAAUUCGUCAUCAAGCGCUGGAGUUUUGGCCUUAAAAAUGGCUACCAAUCCGACGCAGACACUCCACCAGGCGAUCCAGGCCAAAUUUGGCCUCCAGGGCGCCAGCGAUUCGCCCACAUUGGGCGGUACAAGUGGCACGCCCCCACAAACGACGCCCAGAUUUGUUAUUCCGCAGCUGAAAAUUCCUCAGUUGCAACUGCAGGCGGCCACUGCGGAUGCGGCUGCCCAGCGGGAAUCCCGUCUGGCGGCGGACGCCCACAACCAGUUGCUGCUCAACGAGAUCCAGCUGAGGCGACGCCAGCGAUCGGAGAGCGAGAACCAGGUGUUGCAAUCGACGACGGGCACGGGAUUUGUGAUUCCCCAAUUGGCGGCGACGACGACGCUCGGAAAGCCACUGAACAUACCACUCCUAGCCCGGCUGGAGCACGGUGUGGAUCGGCUGCGGAUACGGGACGAUGGAGGCGAUGGGGCCAAGGCUGGAGCCACCACUACGUCCACGCCAGCACCACUCAUUGACCUCUCGUCCACGGUGAUAGCUGCCAGCAAGGAUGCACCGCCCAAGGAGUCGGCCAGCAAGGCGCGCCAGCUGACCAGCCGGGAGAACUUUGACAUACCCUUCAUUGCCUGCGAUCGCGGUAGAAGGAGCACGCCCACCGGAGGUCUGCUGGCCAACCGCCGGCGAUCCCUCAACGCCGAGGACGAGGAGGCGGCCGAGGACGAGCUGGCCAACCAGGCGCCCGCGAAUACCAACUACCUGGAGCAGCCGGGACCCAUUGGUCAAAUGCUAGACGCUGUGGUGGGCUACCCGGAACCGAGGAGGCCCCGACUGGAGUACGCCGUCACCCGGCUGGAGCGGCAGCAUCUGAGGAUGUGCCAGCGGGAGGACUACGGCAGCCAGGUCAAGAGAUUCCGUUUCGAUACUCCCUCGCCGGAUGAGCUGGUCAAGCAGGCGCUGCAGAAGUCCUGGCGCGUCUCGCGCACUUGACUUAAACACCCGUCGCAUUCUUUAGUUGACAAUUACCGAAAAGUAAAAUCAAAACCCCUGAAACUGGUGUAAUAACCAAAAUUUUAAGAUUAUUAUUUUAGUUCACCGUUUUAAAAGAAAUUAAAAUAUUAUUGAUUACGUU